GUUUUGUGCUUCCGAAUAGGGAGGGAAUGUUUGAAAAGUUGACCGAGUGAUGUUUGAUUUUAUGUUUGUAGGCCAAAAUUGGAAGUGAAAAUAAUUUAAGGUGAAAAUAAGUGAACUAACUGUCCAGUUAACUACAGAACGAGAACCUCAUAAUUAAGCACCGAACCGUAAGUAGUUAUUUAGACUAUAAUGACAAGUCUGAUAGGGAACAACUGUCAAGAUUGGUAUUCUCUAAACAGUUUGGUUAGGUUUAAGUGACUGUGGUAAGUUGCAAAUUGGAUUUUUUCCAUUUAAAUCAGCCGUGACUUGCAAGAAGUGUUAGGGAGCCUACGGUGAAUAUUUUUUCCGAAACAGCAUUCAAAUAAAAGCUUCAGAAAUGCCUUUGGAUAUUCCUGGAUUUUUGUAUGCUGGAGCUGUAGCAGCUGGAGGAAUUAUGGGUUAUUACAAAGCAGGUUCUGUACCAUCUUUAGCUGCUGGCCUGCUCUUUGGCAGUGCUCUUGCUUAUGGUGCUUAUGAAGUGAGCCGGGAUCCUGCUAAUUAUACUGUGCAACUAGCUACAAGUUCUAUUUUAGCUGGGAUAAUGGGUUAUCGCUUCUACAAUUCUGGUAAAAUUAUGCCUGCAGGUGUUGUAUGCCUAUUAUCUGUUGCUAUGAUAGCUAGAAUCACCACUAAAGCAAUUGGAAUAACUGGUCCAACAAGAACUGCAUGAGUACAUGGUUUGGUAAAUAUUAACCUUUAAUACUAUUGGUACAAACUUGUUAUUGUUUCCAACUUUUAUAUUAAUUCAAUUAGAUGUCUAUAUUAUAUUCAAAUGGUGUAAGUUUAUUGUAAUGUUAUGGUUUUGAAUAUUUUGGAUUAGUUUGUUAUAUUUAGAUGUGCUAUUGAACCAAGGUACACAGUAACAAUUAGCAACCAAGAAUACUGUCUCUAUAUCUAUACUUCUGAGCCAGACUAAAUUGUCAAAAUAAUUCUGGAGUACUCAAAUCAUCCCACACAGAAAAACGUAAUGUUAUAUAAGUAUAAAUCAAGAUCCUCUCUAUGCAAUAGUAGUACUGGUUAGGAGGCAAAGCCUGGCAACUAUGCCACAACCUCUUUGUUGACCCCAUAGUGCCACCUAAUAAAUAAUGAUAAUAGUUGUGGAAUAUUUUCGGAAUCCACAGCAACAAUUUUGAGUAUGUUGAGACACUAAAACAGUAAACAAAUACAUCUGAGACAUUCAUCUUUCUCAACAAAAUAAGCUCAGGUUCCUUUAUUCCAGUCUUUCAAAAUUCUGUCUUGUGUCUUCAUCCCAGUACUAAUAAAAGCUUUCUUUCCCCUUUCUAUGACUCAUCUUUAAGCUAAACAAGCAAAAUUUCUCUGUAAUUGAUUUUUGGUUAGAUUAAUUAAAGAAUAUAUAAUGAUUGUAAAAAAAUUGAUACUUGAUAGAGAUGUGAUUUAUUUUUUGAUUGUCAUCAAUUGUUAUUGGGCUCAAAGUCUUUGGGCGAUAGUACCUAUAUUACUUAUAUAGAUAAGUAAGUACUAAUGUCUCCCAUCAAUGUAGUAUUACUUCUUGUUAUACUUGCCUUUAAAGCACAACCAAAUUAUGCUGCUAUUUUUAACUUUAAAUCCCUGAA